GAAGGAACACAGUUCACUUGUAUUUAAUCUUUAAGUACUGUUUGAUUUUAAACUUGAGUUAAGUCUUUUGCGCAAUACUUUUUAAUUGAAUCAUUAGUCAAGCAUUAUUUAUUUUUCUAUAUUUGAAAAAAAACCAAAAAAACUAAACAACUUUGCCUACUGCGGUCCUGUAUUUUCAUAUCGGUCAUGCUGGUGGAACCAGGAGAGCGAAUUAUUUCAAGUUUGACAACCACUGAAAUAGACGACGGCAAUGCAUUUGGUGCUUAUUUGAACAUGUUUUACUGUUUAAAAGUGCGGUCGUAAGGGACUAUCCGGGAGGGAUUGUUACAGUUAUGAUUUAUUUUUCCUAAUCGUUGUGAUUCCCACAAUAACUUUACAAACAUGAGAUUUGGAAAGAUUCUCUUUCUUUGACACUUUAAGUGCCUUAGUGCUUUUGUUGGGUUUGUUUUUGUUGAAUAACAAUCAUUUGAUUGCGUUAUUCUUUUGUAUGUGUCAGUGGUAAUUAUUAAAAUGUAUUCUGCUAAUAUUGUAGUGGAAGUGUGUGUGGCUUCAGGCUUUUUCCAGCUCAUAAAUGGCAUUUAUACUGCAGGUUUCCAUUAGUGAUGUCAUCUCAGUACAUUUGAAUCAGUAUAUUCUAAUUUAUUGAGUGUAUAUAACAAUAGCAAAAUGUUUUCAUUGAAGAUGUGGUUUUACACCAUUUUGUAUAAAAUAACAAUUUUGUUGCCUUGUUUCAAAAACAGACACAUUUCUUAACCCUUUCAGCUUGUUUUUAAAAUAAAACCAUUUUAACCCUUAAAAUUCUAGUUUUAUACAAUGCACAGGUUGUAAAACGUCCCAAAUUUAAAAACUUUUUUUUUUUUGUUUUUUUUUUUUACAUUUUUAUGAUAUAUUUUCAGUACGGCACCUUUUUUCUUAAAUUGUUUAUAGUCAGGCGGCCCGGUGGGUGGGCCGCCUGACUACUUUAGAGCGUCUGCCUCACAGUUCUGAGGACCCGGGGUUCGAAUCCCGGCCCCGCCUGUGUGGAGUUUGCAUGUUCUCCCCGUGCCUGCGUGGUUUUUCUCCGGGCACUCCGGUUUCCUCCCACAUCCCAAAAACAUGCAUUCAUUGGAGACUCUAAAUUGCCCAUAGGUGUGACUGUGAAUGUUUGUUUGUAUGUACCCUGCCAUUGGCUGGCGACCAGUUGAGGGUGUACCCCGCCUGCUGCCCGAUAGCUGGGAUGGGCUCCAGCACGCCCGCGACCCGCGUGAGGAGAAGCGGCUCAGAAAAUGGAUGAAUGGGUGUUUGUAGUCUUUCUACAGCUAGCAGAGAACGCUUCCGUGUCUCAAAAUGUCAGCCUUAUUUUAAUUUAUUCUUGCUGAAUUUGGGUGAGAGGUGGGUUAGUGGUGGUGUUUUAAUCCAACAAGGAUUAAAACAUUUACAUGUAAAUUAGAUGUAAACCGUAUAUUAUUGCUAUAUUUACAGAAGUAAAGUUGGAAAUGACCAAAUCAGACAAAAGUCCCCACCCACCAUUGGGAAGUUUCCGAGAGCACUUCUUUGAUUUUCGUACACGUCGACGUGUGUGAUGUUGUGGAAUUUACGAGGGUGUGUGAACGCACCUCGUUCUAUUGGCUCGGUCAGCGAUUGUUUUUGCCUUCUCUUCCGCAGCAGUCCAAAACUUCUUCAAGCUGGUCGAAUGGCGACGCAAAUCACCCGUGACGACGACGAAUGUCCUUUUUGCCAGAUCGCGAACAACCAGACAGACACCGAAAUCCUCACGCGCGACGGCGAGCUGCUGUGCUUCCGGGACGCCAAGCCGGGUGCCGGCCACCAUUACCUCGUCAUAACCGCGACUCACAUCGGCGACUGUAAAGCGCUGCGUGCGCAACACAUUCCCACCGUGGAGCGCAUGGCCGAGAUGGGAAGGGGCGCGUUGGAGAAAAAUAAAGUGCGAGACCUCACAGACAUCAGGCUGGGCUUCCACGUGCCUCCGUUCUCGUCCGUGCCUCACCUCCACCUGCACGCCCUGGCCCCCGCCAGCAAGAUGAACGAAAGCUCGCAGCGGCGAUACGGGCCGCGCUCGCACUGGUUCAUCACAGUGAGCGAGCGCCGGGACGUUUUGGCCGGCGGCCCCUCCUACGACACUUUGUGGCUUUCUUUCGUGUUGCAGGUCGAGGAAGCGCUGACUCAGCUGAGGACGCGCGGCAGAAUCAAAUGAAAUGUUCUCACGUUUGCAUCAACGGCAUGAAAAUGUUCCUGUUGCGCUGAUUCCAGGGGAAAAGCUGCGUAAAAGGAAUUUCCAAGUUUCAAGAGAGUAACUUUUUGAAUAUGAUAUGAUUGUGACUUUUUAAGUUGUUUGAAUUGCAAUACUGUAGCUUAUUAAACGUGUGUGGGGGGGGGUUAUGUUGUUUACAUUUAUUGUAUAUUUGAGAUCUAAAGGACAAGUCAUUGUUGAAUUCAUCAUGUUGCACAUUUUGUUUUGUAUUUCUGAUUAUUUCAGAUGGUUUU